GGGGGGGCAGUUUGACCCAGCCACCCUUAUAACUGGCUUUCUUCAUGGUUCUCUAAAAAUUAAGGCUUUCCUUGCGAGACGAGAAUCUUCACCAUCUGAAUCAUGAGCAUAUUGGCUCAGAAGGUGAAGGUGGAGCCGGAAGUGGUGUCCUAUCCGGGUCAGACAGUGAUCCUGUGCUGCCAAUUUCCUGACAAAGGCCAGACCCAGCUCAUUCAGGUGUCCUGGAUUUUAGAAAAUAGCUCUGCCACUCGGACCAACAUUGCAGUGUUUCAUCCAACUUUCGGGGUCAGUUACCCAGCAUCCCCAGUGCAGGGGCGUGUGAGUUUCACAAAAGAACCCCCUCCUCUGGAACAUCCAACUAUCCAGAUCACAGACAUUGCUCUGACAGAUGAGGGGAAUUACGUCUGUGAGUACACCACAUACCCGACCGGAAACGAAAAUGGGGUAACCGCCCUCGUCAUACUAGCCAAGCCCCAGAACACGGCUUCCACCAUCACCGUUCCCGCCGGCACUUCUCCCGUCUCCGUAGCGCAAUGUGUGUCGGCCAACGGACGACCACCGGCAACCCUCACCUGGGUGACUAAUCUGAGCGGCAACGGGACAGGACUGGUCCAGACGAGCAACUCGGACAACACGGUGACGGUGCGCAGCGAGUACCUUUUCACGCCCACGGCGGCCGAUAAUGGCAAGGAGAUCACCUGCGUGGUGUCACAUCGCACACUGACCAAAGCUGAGAACUUCCCCAUGAAACUGGUGGUCCAAUAUCCUCCUCAGGUGCAGAUUGUAGGAUAUGACAAUAACUGGUAUGUAGGCCGUACAGACGUGGUGCUGACCUGCCAAUAUCAGGGGAACCCCAGUCCUCCCACUGUAAACUGGAAGAUGAGCUCAGGCUUUAUGCCAGACUCGGUGGAGAUGGCCCAGAACAAACUAACCGUACGGAAGGUGGACGACUCUGUAAAUACCACGUUUAUCUGCGAGGUGACAAACAGCCUCGGCAUCGGCAAGGACCAGGUCACUGUGUUCGUCAGGGUAGGAAGAAGAGAAACUUCAACACACUCGAGGAAAACAGACACAACACCUUCAUCAGAACUGCCUCAGAGAAAAACAACAAACUCUCCACCUGCAUCAACAACAGUAAAACAAGAUAAGCCAGACAGCAGCCUCCCUCUAGUUUUCAUCAUUCUGGCGGUUUUAUUGUUGGUGAUACCCGGUGUAGUGGCAAUUAUUUGUUGGAGACGCAAAGGAGGAAGAUGUGGAGAGAACGUGAUUACUGAAGGACAUCCGGACUGUAAGAGAAAGCGGAAGGAUCAGACUGAACCUGAUGUUACUUACGCAACUGUAACCCAUGUGAACACAGCCGGAGCAGCACGGGUCCAGAUCAACGCUGCAGACAACACUGAAUAUGCCAGCAUUAUAACAAAAUAAUCCACAGUAAAUAUACAUACAGUACACUCUGAGAUAUUAUAUAAUAAUGAUGAAAACAUAUAUUAAACACACACCAUGGUAAGCAUGUUUUUCCACAAAUUGUUGUUUUUCAUGUUUUUGUUUGUUUGUUUGUUUUUUCAAGUAAAUAGCAGAUUCAGAUAUAUGCAUGUAUGGGGGAAAGGGGGCGGGGUUUCCAGAGUAUUGCAUUACAUUUAUUUAUGUUAGCUAAGGGUAUUGUUCCUCAUUUACUUUGUGUGUUAAUCAUUAAAAAUUGCUGAUGGAUAAUCUUGCAGAAGUAUUCAGAGCGUACGCAUCAUUUUAUAUCUUAUGUGUAUCAUUCUUAUAUCAGAAUAAGAAAUGAAUGUAGAAGGCUUUUAUCAUCAUCCUGUUUUGUGUAAGAAGACUCCUAUAUCUGUUCUUGUUUGUGACUUUUAAAGUCUGCUGAGUUCAGGUAAAAAUAAAAGAAUGAGAAUCGAUGAAUCCAAA